AUGUCAAGCCACACCUCACAAAUCCUAACAUGCAAAGGCGUGGUGUGCUGGGGAAUGGGAGAGGAAGGGAAGGUGGAAGAAAUACAAGUGGAACCACCCAAACGGUGGGAAGUUAGAGUUAAGAUGCUCUAUGCCAGUAUCUGCCACACUGAUCACGUCUUGUGCACCAAAGGAUUCCCUCUUCCUCUUUUUCCUCGAGUCCCAGGCCACGAGGGGAUAGGCGUGGUGGAGAGCAUCGGCGAGGAAGUAACGGAUCUAAGAGAAGGAGAUGUGGUGAUCCCAACCAUGGUGGCGGAAUGCGGGGACUGCGAGAACUGUGCGUCAGGGAGUACAAACUUGUGCCUCAAGUAUCCAAUGGACGUGAGUGGCUUAAUGCUUGACGGGACCUCAAGAAUGUCUGUCAAAGGCCAAACGUUGUACCAUACAUUUUCAUGCUCGACUUGGUCCGAGUACAUGGUUGUAAAUGUUAACUAUGUCCUAAAAGUCGACCCUGCCUCUUUACAACUUCCCCUUCUUAGUUUUCUCUCUUGUGGCUUCUCAACUGGUUUUGGAGCUCCUUGGAAAGAGGCUAUGGUUCAAACUGGGUCUUCCGUCGCCGUCAUUGGUCUCGGUGCUGUUGGUUUAGGGGUGCUUGAGGGAUCAAGGAUGCGGGGAGCGAGUAAGAUCAUUGGCAUUGACAAGAACAUGAAGAGAAAGGGAAAAGGAGAAGCAUUUGGAAUGACUGAUUUCAUAAAUCCUGUUGAUGAGUCUGAUAAAUCUGUUUCACAGCUAAUCAAAGAUUUGACUGGUGGAGUGGGUGUGGAUUAUUGCUUCGAGUGCACAGGCGUCCCCAACUUCACCAAUGAAGCCCUUGAAGACACUAAAUUAGGCAAAGGAAAAGCAAUAGCAAUUGGAUUGUCAUAUGUAACAACCCUGCAAAUCAACCAUCUUGCACUUCUGUGUGGCAGAACCUUGAAGGGUUUCAUUUUUGGAGGGCUCAAAACCAAAACUGACCUUUCCAUUGUGAUUGAAAAAUGUAAAACUAAGGAAAUCCAGCUUGAUGAACUUUUGACUCAUGAAGUUCAACUGUCAGAUAUUGGCAGAGCAUUUCAACUGCUGGAGCAAGAAGAUUGUGUAAAGGUUCUUAUAAAGAUUUAGUUUUAAGUUGGUUACGACAUAGAUAUUAUGUAAUGUAAUAAG